AAUAAAUAUAUACUUAUAUAAACUUACACCACCUUUUUGGUAGUGCCUUGUCAUUAAAUAUUCAUUACUUUGUGGUGUUUAGCUAAAUGUGUGGUUGUAAUUACCCCUCUCGUUAAUUAUUAGUAUAAUUAUGAUUAGUAGGCAUAUUAGUAUUCAGACCGAACUAGUGUAAUUUCUUUCCAGAAGGUGGCACUGUCACAACAGCUAUGGAAUAGAGAUUUUUUUUCAUGAGAUUUUCGACAGUACCUGUCAUUAUUAUAUAUAAUUUGCUUUUCAUAAAUAUAAUUUAGCAUGUUUAUAAUUUAAUAUUUUCUGUUUAUGUGCACUGAGGUAUAGCGGAGCUCGUUGAAAUGUGGCUUUUUCAAAAAAGACUCUGUUCCUGAAGCAGAAUAUGAUAGGCUAUAAAGGUAGUUUGAGGAGCUACUAAUUUUUCUUUUUUUGUGAAGACAUUUCUUGGCCGUUUUGGACUCAUGGCCGUGGGCGUUUGGUCCAGGGAACACCAGCGCUGGGUUCAUGUGGAGCUCGGCAGUGCGGGGGCGGAGAGAAGGUGUGACGCACUAGGAAGCUACUACGGCGGGUCUCGUACAACCUGACAGCGCUGUAGGUUCACAUCUGUACGUGCUGGAUACGCUUCGCUUCGGCAACAGAUAGCAGCGCGCCAGCCUCGCUCGGGGAGAAGCGCUUUGAAGCGCGGCGCAUUUGCUGGACAUCGGGAAAGUGCGCACACUUAUGUUUGAGAAUCUGCACUCAGUUUAAUUUAAUUUUGGAUUUUACCUAAGAUCAAUAGCAGUCUGGAGAUGCUGAAAAACAGGACUGAUCGGCACUUGGUGGCUUUUCUGUUUCUUCUGGGGAACGUGGGAGAGGUCACUGUGUUGGCCAGCCCUGAAGUAAAUGACAGCCAGCAAAUCCCUCAGAACGUGUACCAUGACAUCAGCAUCACCAGGAACAAGAUAGUGACUGCACAGUUUGAGUGCUAUCAGAAGAUUAUGAAGGACAACAAUCCUGUCAGAAAUGCCGGUCCGGUUUGCAACCGCACGUGGGACGGAUGGCUGUGCUGGGAUGACACAGAUGCCGGCGUCACCUCUCACCAACACUGCCCGGACUACUUCCACGACUUUGACCCUUCAGAAAUUGCCACUAAGAUCUGUACGCAGAAUGGCCAGUGGUUUUUGCAUCCUGAGAGCAAUAGAACCUGGACAAAUUACACCAGAUGCAAUGAGCACACUGACGAGGUUAGAAUGACUGCAAUAAACCUGCUCUACUUGGCCUUAAUAGGACAUGGGCUAUCGUUGAUCUCCUUGUUUAUUUCACUUGGCAUAUUCUUCCAUUUUAAGAGCUUGAGCUGCCAGAGGAUAACCCUGCACAAGAACCUCUUCUUGUCCUUCAUCUUGAACUCCAUCAUCACUAUCGUCUCUUUUACGGCAGUGGCAAACAACCAGGAGUUAGUGCAGCGCAAUCCCACCAGCUGCAAAGUCUCCCAGUUCAUCCAUCUUUAUCUCUUUGGAUGCAACUAUUUCUGGAUGCUGUGUGAAGGAAUUUACUUGCAUACACUCAUCGUGGUAGCUGUGUUUGCAGAAAAGCAGCAUUUAAUGUGGUACUACCUCCUUGGAUGGGGUUUCCCACUCAUACCAGCUACAAUACACGCCAUAGCCAGAAGUUAUUAUUACAAUGACAAUUGUUGGAUCAGUUCUAAAACAUCGUUGCUGUACAUUAUCCAUGGCCCAAUCUGUGCAGCUUUGUUGGUCAAUCUCUUUUUUCUGCUCAACAUCGUGCGCGUGCUCAUUACCAAGCUGAAGGUGACCCAUCGGGCAGAGUCCAGUCUCUACAUGAAAGCGGUGAGGGCCACUCUCAUCCUGGUGCCUCUGUUGGGCAUCCAGUACAUCCUCCUCCCAUAUAAACCUGCAGGACGCAUCUCCUCAGAGAUCUACGACUAUGUCAUGAACAUCCUGAUGCACUAUCAGGGACUGCUCGUGGCAACUAUAUUCUGCUUCUUCAAUGGGGAGGUGCAAGGUGUGCUGAGGAGGCACUGGAACCAGUAUCGCAUUCAGUUCGGAAGCACCCUCAACCAUUCGGACGCCCUCAGGUCAGCGUCCUACACGGCUUCCUCCAUUACGGAGGUGCAAGGUUGCUAUAGCAUCGACGGCCACAGUGAACACUUGAAUGGCAAGAGCUCUCUCGAUGCUGACAACGCUGCGCCAAAGUCCGAGAAUUUCGCAUGAGCCCACCGACGUUCAGCGCACAACUAGUUAUCAUGACGAGAGUCAACGUGAAUUGACAUUUACCGAGAACUUGAUGCCAAAGCACAACAGAGCGUGACGGAAGUGAUUCCCUGUUCUCACACUGAAAACUACCUUGUUACCUUACGCAGGGGACACGCCAAUAAAUGCACACGAAUGUUCAGUCUUCUGCCACCUUGGUAAGACAUUUUGGGCAUAAACAAAUUAUGAUCCUCCACACAAGUAAACUGCACUUGAUUUUUACCAGGUUGAAAUCCACAAUUGUGACUUCUACUGCCAACAUUAAACUGUGCUGAGAUGGGCUGUACCAAGUGACACAAAAUAUAGUUACAUUUUUAA